AUGAAGAUCCAAAAUCCCGCGGUUCCUUUUGGUUCCACAGUAGUCAUAAUCGGAGCCAAUGGCUACAUUGGCGUUGAGACCUGUGACAAGUUUCUUGAAGCAGGAUACCGGGUGCGCGGAACAGUUCGCAAUGUUGAGGAACAUCGGGCUUGGAUGCAUGAGCUUUUUGACAAGAAAUAUGCCGGAAAAUUUGAACUGGUUCAAGUUGUUGACUUCGAAGCUGAUGGGGCAUUCGAUGAAGCAUUCAAAGGUGCCGCGGUGGUGGUCUAUGUCUCGACUCCCACCAUAUUUGAUCCUGAGCCGACCAAGGUGGUGGACCCCGUAGUCAAUGGGACCAUCAACACGCUCAAAGCCGCGGCUCAAGCCGAGAUCAAACGUUAUGUAUACCUGUCCAGCUCUAAAGCCGUAGAAUCGGUCGUCUACAACGUGCCUCACAAGAUAUCGGUGGACACGUACAAUCACGAAGACAUCCGCAAGGCACGCCAAGAACCUACAGUUCCUACGAUAGAGAGAGCCUUGGCUGUGUAUGGAGCAAGCCGCGCUGCUGCAGAACUGGCCUUUUGGUCCUGGGUGAAGGAUAAUCAUCCUCCCUUUGUCGCCAACUGUGUCGUCCCUGAUGGAAACUUUGGGCGCGUUCUGAAUGCGAAUGCAGGACAGACCAACAAGACCUCCGUGACAAUGUUGAAGCGCGUCCUAGCCGGUGACUGGAGCCAAACGAUGAAUCUCGCUUGGAUCAGUAAUGUCGAGGACACUGCGCUCCUGAUGGUUGCUGCGGCCACUCUGCCUUCAGUUGCAAAUGAGCGUAUAUUUUCCUACUACAAGCAACUUACUUGGAACGAAGUACGCCUGAGAGUACGCCAGCUCUAUCCUGAUCGCUCGGAUCUUGUCGUUGGAGAAGAUUCCGAUGUCGUGGGCAGAGACUUGUCGACCGCGGAUGAACUUGUGCAACGGGCCGAGGAGGUGCUUAAAGAGCUCGGCCGAUCUGGUUUCAUCAGUGUCGAUGACACUUUACGCGAUUUCGUGGAUACUUGUUGUACUUAG